AUGAAAGGACAUCAAUUCAAAUCCUGGAUUUUCGAAUUAAGAGAGAUAUUGAGAGAGAUCAAGAAUUCUCACUAUUUCUUAGAUUCAUGGACCCAAUUCAAUUCAGUGGGAUCUUUCAUUCACAUUUUUUUCCAUCAAGAACGUUUUAUAAAACUCUUGGACUCCCGAAUUUGGAGUAUCCUACUUUCACGCAAUUCACAUUUACAGGGUUCAACAAGCAAUCGAUAUUUCACGAUCAAGGGUGUAGUACUAUUUGUAGUAGCGGUCCUUAUAUAUCGUAUUAACAAUCGAAAGAUGGUCGAAAGAAAAAAUCUCUAUUUGACAGGGCUUCUUCCUAUACCUAUGAAUUUCAUUGGACCCAGAAAUGAUACAUUGGAAGAAUCUUUUGGGUCUUCCAAUAUCAAUAGGUUGAUUGUUUCGCUCCUGUAUCUUCCAAAAGGAAAAAAGAUCUCUGAGAGCUGUUUCCUGGAUCCGAAAGAGAGUACUUGGGUUCUCCCAAUAACUAAAAAGUGUAUCAUGCCUGAAUCUAACUGGGGUUCGCGGUGGUGGAGGAACUGGAUCGGAAAAAAGAGGGAUUCUAGUUGUAAGAUAUCUAAUGAAACCGUCGCUGGAAUUGAGAUCUCAUUCAAAGAGAAAGAUAUCAAAUAUCUGGAGUUUCUUUUUGUAUAUUCUAUGGAUGAUCCGAUCCGCAAGGACCAUGAUUGGGAAUUGUUUGAUCGUCUUUCUCCGAGGAAGAGGCGAAACAUAAUCAACUUGAAUUCGGGACAGCUAUUCGAAAUCUUAGUGAAAGACUGGAUUUGUUAUCUCAUGUUUGCUUUUCGUGAAAAAAAACCAAUUGAAGCGGAGGGUUUCUUCAAACAACAAGGAGCUGGGUCAACUAUUCAAUCAAAUGAUAUUGAGCAUGUUUCCCAUCUCUUCUCGAGAAACAAGUGGGCUAUUUCUUUGCAAAAUUGUGCUCAAUUUCAUAUGUGGCAAUUCCGCCAAGAUCUCUUCUUUAGUUGGGGGAAGAAUCCGCACGAAUCGGAUUUUUUGAGGAACAUAUCGAGAGAGAAUUGGAUUUGGUUAGACAAUGUGUGGUUGGUAAACAAGGAUCGGUUUUUUAGCAAGGUACGGAAUGUAUCGUCAAAUAUUCAAUAUGAUUCCACAAGAUCCAGUUUUGUUCAAGUAACGGAUUCUAGCCAAUUGAAAGGAUCUUCUGAUCGAUCCAGAGAUCAUUUCGAUUCCAUUAGUAAUGAGGAUUCAGAAUAUCACACAUUGAUCAAUCAAAGAGAGAUUCAACAACUAAAAGAAAGAUCGAUUCUUUGGGAUCCUUCCUUUCUUCAAACGGAACGAACAGAGAUAGAAUCAGACCGAUUCCCUAAAUGCCUUUCUGGAUAUUCCUCAAUGUCCCGGCUAUUCACGGAACGUGAGAAGCAGAUGAAUAAUCAUCUGCUUCCGGAAGAAAUCGAAGAAUUUCUUGGGAAUCCUACAAGAUCCAUUCGUUCUUUUUUCUCUGACAGAUGGUCAGAACUUCAUCUGGGUUCGAAUCCUACUGAGAGGUCCACUAGAGAUCAGAAAUUGUUGAAGAAAGAACAAGAUGUUUCUUUUGUCCUUUCCAGGCGAUCGGAAAAUAAAGAAAUAGUUAAUAUAUUCAAGAUAAUUACGUAUUUACAAAAUACCGUCUCAAUUCAUCCUAUUUCAUCAGAUCCGGGAUGUGAUAUGGUUCCGAAGGAUGAACUGGAUAGUUCCAAUAAGAUUUCAUUCUUGAACAAAAAUCCAUUUUUUGAUUUAUUUCAUCUAUUCCAUGACCGGAACAGGGGGGGAUACACGUUACACCACGAUUUUGAAUCAGAAGUUCAAGAAAUGGCAGAUCUAUUCACUCUAUCAAUAACCGAGCCGGAUCUGGUGUAUCAUAAGGGAUUUGCCUUUUCUAUUGAUUCCUACAGAUUGGAUCAAAAACAAUUCUUGAAUGAGGUAUUCAACUCCAGGGAUGAAUCGAAAAAGAAAUCUUUAUUGGUUCUACCUCCUAUUUUUUAUGAAGAAAAUGAAUCUUUUUAUCGAAGGAUCAGAAAAAAAUGGGUCCGGACCUCCUGCGGGAAUGAUUUGGAAGAUACAAAACCAAAAAUAGUGGUAUUUGCUAGCAACAACAUAAUGGAGGCAGUCAAUCAAUAUAGAUUGAUCCGAAAUCUGAUUCAAAUCCAAUAUAGCACCUAUGGGUACAUAAGAAAUGUAUUGAGAAAUGUAUUGAAUCGAUUCUUUUUAAUGAAUAGAUCCGAUCGCAACUUCGAAUAUGGAAUUCAAAGGGAUCAAAUAGGAAAUGAUACUCUGAAUCAUAGAACUAUAAUGAAAUAUACGAUCAACCAACAUUUAUCAAAUUUGAAAAAGAGUCAGAAGAAAUGGUUCGAUCCUCUUAUUUUUAUUUCUCGAACCGAGAGAUCCAUGAAUCGGGAUCCUAAUGCAUAUAGAUACAAAUGGUCCAAUGGGAGCAAGAAUUUACAGGAACAUUUGGAACAUUUCAUUUCUGAGCAGAAGAGCCAUUUUCAUUUUCAAGUAGUGUUCGAUCGAUUACGUAUUAAUCAAUAUUCGAUUGAUUGGUCUGAGGUUAUCGACAAAAAAGAUUUGUCUAAGUCACUUCCUUUCUUUUUGUCCAAGUUACUUCUUUUUUUGUCCAAGUUUCUUCUCUUUUUGUCUAACUCACUUCCUUUUUUCUUUGUGAGUUUCGGGAAUAUCCCCAUUCAUAGGUCCGAGAUCCACAUCUAUGAAUUGAAAGGUCCGAAUGAUCAACUCUGCAAUCAGUUGUUAGAAUCAAUAGGUCUUCAAAUCGUUCAUUUGAAAAAAUGGAAACCCUUCUUAUUGGAUGAUCAUGAUACUUCCCAAAAAGCGAAAUUCUUGAUCAAUGGAGGAACAAUAUCACCAUUUUUGUUCAAUAAGAUACCAAAGUGGAUGAUUGACUCAUUCCAUACUAGAAAUAAUCGCAGGAAAUCUUUUGAUAACACGGAUUCCUAUUUCUCAAUGAUAUCCCACGAUCAAGACAAUUGUCUGAAUCCCGUGAAACCAUUUCAUAGAAAUUCAUUGAUAUCUUCUUUUUAUAAAGCAAAUCGACUUCGAUUCUUGAAUAAUCCACAUCACUUCUGCUUCUAUUGUAACAAAGGAUUCCCUUUUUAUGUGGAAAAGGCCCGUAUCAAUAAUUAUGAUUUUACGUAUGGACAAUUCCUCAAUAUCUUGUUCAUUCGCAACAAAAUAUUUUCUUUGCGCGGCGGUAAAAAAAAAUAUGUUUUUUUGGAGAGAGAUACUAUUUCACCAAUCGAGUUACAGGUGUCUAACAUAUUCAUACCUAACGAUUUUCCACAAAAUGGUGACGAAAAGUAUAACUUGUACAAAUCUUUCCAUUUUCCAAUUCGAUCCGAUCCAUUCGUUCGUAGAGCUAUUUACUCGAUCGCAGACAUUUCUGGAACACUUCUAACAGAGGGACAAAUAGUCAAUUUUGAAAGAACUUAUUGUCAACCUCUUUCAGAUAUGAAUCUGUCUGAUUCAGAAGGGAAGAACUUGCAUCAGUAUCUCAAUUUCAAUUCAAACAUGGGUUUGAUUCACACUCCAUGUUCUGAGAAAUAUUUACCAUCCGAAAAGAGGAAAAAACGGGGUCUUUGUCUAAAGAAAUGCCUUGAGAAAGGGCGGAUGUAUAGAACCUUUCAACGAGAUAGUGCUUUUUCAACUCUCUCAAAAUGGAAUAUAUUCCAAACAUAUAUGCCAUGGUUCCUUACUUCGACAGGAUACAAAUAUCUAAAUUUGAUAUUUUUAGAUACUUUUUCAGACCUAUUGCCGAUACUAAGUAGCAGCCAAAAAUUUGUAUCCAUUUUUCAUGAUAUUAUGCGUGGAUCAGAUAUAUCAUGGCGAAUUCUUCAGAAAAAACUGUGUCUUCCACAAUGGAAUCUGAUAAGUGAGAUUUCGAGUAAGUGUUUACAUAAUCUUCUUCUGUCCGAAGAAAUGAUUCAUCGAAAUAAUGAGUCACCAUUGAUAUCGACACAUCUGAGAUCGCCAAAUGUUCGGGAGUUCCUCUAUUCAAUCCUUUUCCUUCUUCUUGUUGCUGGAUAUCUCGUUCGGACACACCUUCUCUUUGUUUCUCGAGCCUAUAGUGAGUUACAGACAGAGUUCGAAAGGGUCAAAUCUUUGAUGAUUCCAUCAUACAUGAUUGAGUUGCGAAAACUUCUGGAUAGGUAUCCUACAUCUGAACUGAAUUCUUUCUGGUUAAAGAAUCUCUUUCUAGUUGCUCUGGAACAAUUAGGAGAUUCUCUAGAAGAAAUACGGGGUUCUGCUUCUGGCGGCAACAUGCUAUGGGGUGGUGGUCCCGCUUAUGGGGUCAAAUCAAUACGUUCUAAGAAGAAAUAUUUGAAUAUCAAUCUCAUCGAUAUCGUCGAUUUCAUAAGUAUCAUACCAAAUCCCAUCAAUCGAAUCGCUUUUUCGAGAAAUACGAGACAUCUAAGUCAUACAAGUAAAGAGAUCUAUUCAUUGAUAAGAAAAAGAAAAAACGUGAACGGUGAUUGGAUUGAUGAUAAAAUAGAAUCCUGGGUCUCGAACAGUGAUUCGAUUGAUGAUAAAGAAAGAGAAUUCUUGGUUCAGUUCUCCACCUUAACGACAGAAAAAAGGAUUGAUCAAAUUCUAUUGAGUCUGACUCAUAGUGAUCACUUAUCAAAGAAUGACUCUGGUUAUCAAAUGAUUGAACAACCGGGAGCAAUUUACUUACGAUACUUAGUUGACAUUCAUAAAAAGUAUCUAAUGAGUUAUGAGUUCAAUACAUCCUGUUUAGCAGAAAGACGGAUAUUCCUUGCUCAUUAUCAGACAAUCACUUAUUCACAAACCUCCUGUGGGGCUAAUAGUUUUCAUUUCCCAUCUCAUGGAAAACCUUUUUCGCUCCGCUUAGCCCUAUCCCUCUCUAGGGGUAUUUUAGUGAUAGGUUCUAUAGGAACUGGACGAUCCUAUUUGGUCAAAUACCUAGCGACAAACUCCUAUGUUCCUUUCAUUACAGUAUUUCUGAACAAGUUCCUGGAUAAAAAGGGUUUUCUUAUUGAUGAUAGUGACGAUAUUGAUGAUAGUGACGAUAUUGAUGAUAGUGACGAUAUUGAUGAUAGUGACGAUAUUGAUGAUAGUGACGAUAUUGAUGAUAGUGACGACAUCGACCGUGACCUUGAUACGGAGCUGGAGCUUCUAACUAUGAUGAAUGCGCUAACUAUGGAUAUGAUGCCGGAAAUAGACCGAUUUUAUAUCACCCUUCAAUUCGAAUUAGCAAAAGCAAUGUCUCCUUGCAUAAUAUGGAUUCCAAACAUUCAUGAUCUGGAUGUGAAUGAGUCGAAUUACUUAUCCCUCGGUCUAUUAGUGAACUAUCUCUCCAGGGAUUGUGAAAGAUGUUCCACUAGAAAUAUUCUUGUUAUUGCUUCGACUCAUAUUCCCCAAAAAGUGGAUCCCGCUCUAAUAGCUCCGAAUAAAUUAAAUACAUGCAUUAAGAUACGAAGGCUUCUUAUUCCACAACAACGAAAGCACUUUUUCACUCUUUCAUAUACUAGGGGAUUUCACUUGGAAAAGAAAAUGUUCCAUACUAAUGGAUUCGGGUCCAUAACCAUGGGUUCCAAUGUACGAGAUCUUGUAGCACUUACCAAUGAGGCCCUAUCGAUUAGUAUUACACAGAAGAAAUCAAUUAUAGACACUAAUAUAAUUAGAUCUGCUCUUCAUAGACAAACUUGGGAUUUGCGAUCCCAGGUAAGAUCGGUUCAGGAUCAUGGGAUCCUUUUCUAUCAGAUAGGAAGGGCUGUUGCACAAAAUGUACUUCUAAGUAGUUGCUCCAUAGAUCCUAUAUCUAUCUAUAUGAAGAAGAAAUCAUGUAACGAAGGGGAUUCUUAUUUGUACAAAUGGUACUUCGAACUUGGAACGAGCAUGAAGAAAUUAACGAUACUUCUUUAUCUUUUGAGUUGUUCUGCCGGAUCGGUCGCUCAAGACCUUUGGUCUCUACCCGGACUCGAUGAAAAAAAUGGGAUCACUUCUUAUGGACUCGUUGAGAAUGAUUCUGAUCUAGUUCAUGGCCUAUUAGAAGUAGAAGGCGCUCUGGUGGGAUCCUCACGGACAGAAAAAGAUUGCAGCCAGUUUGAUAAUGAUCGAGUGACAUUGCUCCUUCGGCCCGAACCAAGGAAUCCCUUAGAUAUGAUGCAAAAUGGAUCUUGUUCUAUCGUUGAUCAGAGAUUUCUCUAUGAACAAUACGAAUCGGAAUUUGAAGAAGGGGAAGGAGAAGGAGUCCUCGACCCGCAACGGAUAGAGGAGGAUUUAUUCAAUCACAUAGUUUGGGCUCCUAGAAUAUGGCGCCCUUGGGGCUUUCUAUUUGAUUGUAUCGAAAGGCCCAAUGAAUUGGGAUUUCCCUAUUGGGCCAGGUCAUUUCGGGGCAAGCGGAUCAUUUAUGAUGAAGAGGAUGGGCUUCAAGAGAAUGAUUCGGAGUUCUUGCAGAGUGGAACCAUGCAGUACCAGACACGAGAUAGAUCUUCCAAAGAACAAGGCUUUUUUCGAAUAAGCCAAUUCAUUUGGGACCCUGCAGAUCCACUCUUUUUCCUAUUCAAAGAUCAGCCCGUUGUCUCUGUGUUUUCACAUCGAGAAUUCUUUGCAGAUGAAGAGAUGUCAAAGGGGCUUCUUACUUCCCAAACAGAUCUUCCUGCAUCUAUAUAUAAACGCUGGUUUAUCAAGAAUACGCAAGAAAAGUACUUCGAAUUGUUGAUUCAUCGCCAGAGAUGGCUUAGAACCAAUAGUUCAUUAUCUAAUGGAUUUUUCCGUUCUAAUACUCCAUCCGAGAGUUAUCAGUAUUUAUCAAAGCUGUUCCUAUCUAACGGAACGCUAUUGGAUCAAAUGACAAAGACAUUGUUGAGAAAAAGAUGGCUUUUCCCGGAUGAAAUGAAAAUUGGAUUCAUGUAA